AUUGUAAUACCUUAGCUACAUCUGGUCAAGAAUCUUAGUUUGUUAUUCAGACAUAGGCCUACAAGAUCUGCAUUUGAAUUGAAUCAAUAAAUGGAUGGACUAUGGAACCGUAGUAUAAAGCAGGCGUGGCAGGAAUCAAGAUGACGUCGGCACAAAAUCUGCAGUUGAUAAACAAACUAAAAACUGCCGUCCUCCUCCGCCGCCAUCUUCCACCACGAGAAAGAGCAGAGAAGCGCAAAGGAGGACGUUGUAUUUUGUCUGAAAACGUUAGCUAGCUCACUAGCUAUAUCGUUAAUCUCUUUGCAAAAUGAGUGACAUUGAGGAUGGAAACUUCGAUGGACGAGGCUCUCGCUCCCCAUCCAAAUCGGACCGUGGCAGUCCUGUCCGGGUCAAGUCAGAGAGCAGAUCCGGCUCCGCAAGCCCAUCCAGGGCCGCCAAACACUCAGAGUCUCGGUCCCGCUCUAAGUCCAGGUCUCACUCUCGGAGGCACUCCAACCGCAGGUACAGCCGCUCUCGCUCCCCCUCCAACCGGAAGAAGUCCCGUUCCUACAGCCCGGAAUACCGGAAGAAGAAGAGCCAGAGCGAGUCACCUAACCGCCGCCAUACCAGCAGCAGAAGCCAUGACUUCAGAAAAGAGACAUUCGGUCAGGGAGCAGGAGGUGAUGAGGAUGCCAGGGCGAACCCUGACCCCAACCAGUGCCUGGGGGUGUUCGGGCUGAGCCUGUACACCACGGAGAAGGACCUGAGGGAAGUGUUUGGCCGGUAUGGCCCGCUGGCCGGGGUUAACGUGGUGUAUGACCAGCGCACCGGGCGCUCCCGCGGCUUUGCAUUUGUCUACUUCAAGAGGAUUGACGACUCCAAGGAGGCGAUGGAGCGUGCCAACGGUAUGGAGCUGGACGGGAGACGUAUCAGAGUGGACUUUUCCAUCACCAAGAGGGCCCACACCCCUACGCCUGGCAUCUACAUGGGCCGACCCACACAUAAUGAUGGUGGUGGUGGAGGUGGAGGUGGAGGAGAGCGAAACAGUGGCAGCAGUGGUGGAGGGAGGAGGGGUCGGGACUCGUACGACCGAUACGACGAUCGACGGGGCGGCGGCUACGACCGUGGAUAUGACCGUGGAUACGAUCGGGGAGACCGAGGUGGAGACCGGGGAUAUGACAGAUAUGACGAGUACGACAAGUACAGUCGCAGGCGCUCUCCCUCUCCCUACUACAGUCGAUACAGGUCACGUUCCAGGUCUCGCUCAUACAGCCCACGACGAUACUAACAAACUUCCAUCAAGAUUAAGUUUUCCUUUUCUUCGUGACCCACAUUGGAACGGAGCCGUUUGGGAGCGUUGUCAAGCUAACUAAAGUGUUUAUCAACAGACAAAAUCUCCUCUGACUUCGCACGAAAGUCAGAGUUCGGACGGAGAGUCAGUCGUUUGUUUACGUGCUGUAGAUGUCUUAAUUUUUUUGACUUUUCGAUGCAUCCAUGUAGUGUUUGCUAAAGACCUAGAGGGUGGUAAUGAAACUCAUUGAGCCUGUUUUGAGUAUCUUUAAAACGUACCCUUCUCCAUCACUGAUAUGUAAGUGACUGUAUAAGUGGAAGCAUGGUAUACAUUUUAUUGCUUUCACCAAUCCAGCUUUGACAGAUCAGUGAUUACCUCAACGGAAAGGAUGUAUUUAAUAUUCAAAGUAUUCAAACAGGCUCUUUGGUUUUAGUAGGAGGAGAUGUGAAAUGUAUCAGUGGAUUGAGAAGGGUCUUUGAGUUGGGUGUUUGUCGGGAUACCUCCGGAGAUUUUUAUUUUGAUGUAUGAUUUUUAAUUUUUAUGGAAAUAAAAACCCAAAUCUUGA